GAUCCCAGUGAUGCUGUGUGCAAGUGUUGCAUGCUGAAGAGUCCCGACGCUCUGCGAGAGAGCUGUAACGGAUAAUAGGAUGAAGGUUGGAUACGAGGGGAUAUGAAGAUGAAGAUAAGAGUGUGCCAAGGCGUUAGUGGCAUCAUCGUCCUCACCAUGGUUACCAGUUUUAUGUUGGUGUACAACAGCAGCAAUGGCGACAGAUCAUCUUCCUCAUCAGCAUCGUCAGUACCGUCCCGCCGCUCAGACGGUCCCGUUCCAUCCACGGAAAGGCCAGAGAGACCGCAGAGACUCCCGACACCAACACUCGAAGGGUACACAGGUGUCAUAGAUCAUAAGCCUCUGAUGAUGCACUGCAGGACUUGUGCUCUGGUGACCAGCUCUGGCCAGCUAACUGGGAGCAAGAGAGGUGAAGAAAUCGACCGCUCUGAGUGCGUAAUCCGUAUGAAUGAUGCGCCCAGCAUAAACUAUCAACAGGAUGUUGGCCGACGCACAAAUCUGCGUGUCGUAGCUCACUCCAGCCUGCAGAGGGUGCUGCAGAGCCGGCAGGAGCUGCUCAACGCGAGCCAAGACACAGCGUUCAUCUUCUGGGGACCCAGCAACAGCAUGAGACGGGAUGGAAAAGGCCACAUUUACAACAACCUCAGGCUGUUAAAGCAGAUUCUGCCCAAACUUAAAGUCUACAUCAUUUCUCGGCUCAAAAUGCUCAAGUUUGAUGAACUGUUUAAGAAGGAAACAGGGAUCGAUAGGAAGAGUUCAAACUCCUGGCUGAGCACCGGUUGGUUCACCAUGGCCAUAGCCGUGGAGCUGUGUGACAGGAUUAACGUGUACGGCAUGGUGCCGCCUGAUUUCUGCAGAUCCUCCUCUCAUCCCUCUUUGCCGUAUCAUUACUAUGAGCCCCCGGGGCUCGACGAGUGCUCCAUGUAUCUCUCCCACGAGAGGAGCCGACGAGGAAGCCACCACCGCUUCAUCACGGAGAAAGCAGUGUUUGCAAACUGGGCUCGAACCCUCAACAUCCACUUUCACCAGCCCGACUGGAAGCCGGCCGCUGUCGCCACCGGCAUGAACAGCUCACACGCUCGGGUUCCAGCUGAAUCCUGAGAUUCACUGCAGAGAUGAUCGGUCUCCACACCAGCGUGCAGGACUCGGGACAAUAUGAAUGCAUGAGACAGCAGAAGGAGGCAACUGUUGUGACUGUUAGCCAACCGCCUAAGCAGCUUGGCAGAAUGAGAUCAUUGCAUAAUAGCAGCACAAAGCCCCAACAAUGUUUUGGAAGUGUAACUAUAAUAGGAUGGAUUUCAUGCAGUCAAAGCCCUGGAGGGUGGCUCAAAUGUGUUUUUCUUUACUGUGUGUAUAGAGCUGCUUUAACAACACUCAAGCAGUCGGACAAUGGAGGCAGCACGCCACUGCAGUAACUGCAGCACGGUUCAUUUUCAUAGACUGAAGUCAUUGAGGUCACUGAGGUCAUGUCCUCAUCAUUUCUGGGAAUGUGGCAGUCUUGAUGACCGAUUUACACAAUAACACACAAAUGAAACGCAAUGGUUUCUCAAAGCUGAUUGGGAGACACAAUGCACAAUUUUAAAUCACUUUUAUCCCUCUUCAACAAUACAACAAUACAAUACAUAACGACAACACAGAGAAAAAAGGGUGACAGUCGGGUGCAGACGUCUCAUAUUCGGGGUAUAGAUGAGACAUUGCAGCAGGCCACCGAUAUCACAUAUACACAGGAGGUCAUUACAAUACAUUCAAGGAGUUACAAUAUAUAACUAUACGAAGAAAAGGAGCUGUAGAAGUGUUGGGAUGUUGUUUUCACCUCAAACAGAAAGAGGUUCAUUUGUGAUUCCGCACACAAUCAAUAAAGGGAAACCCCUUCCUUAUACUUUUAAGUGAUAUAUUUAAAAGGCCUUCCUUGAUCUAUAACAAGACUCCAAGCUAACAAUGAAAAGCCAAAAGAUGUGAAGUAAUGCUGUGUUCUGAAGGUACAGAUAACAUCGCCAUGAAUGGAUUUUGGGUGUGUAGUUGUGUUUAGUGCUGCAACUACCAUUAUUCUAAUUAUUAUUUAUUAAGACUCCGUUUUGUCUAUAACUGUAAAUGUCAGAAAAUUGCGUUAUACCUGAAAGAGAUUAAGUUUACAAUGAUGGAAAACAGAGGACAGCAACUUAUUCUCACAGAAACAGAGCAGAAACAAACAAUAUAAAUAUAUAAUAGAGACUCUAUCACAUUUCUGCAGCAGAUGUACUCUACAUUCACCUAGGUGAAUACAAUACAAUUGGACAAUAAAAUGUCAAAAUAAUUAAAAUAAAGAACUUGUUUAGUUGUUAUUCGGAUCAUUUAGACGCAUUUCUAAACCCCUGGAGACAGCUAACUGUGCUUCUUUGGUAAAAUGUGGCAAAAAAAAUAACUUUAAAAGUAAAAAUGUAAAGUAAGUAAAGUACUUUAAAAAAUAAAAAGUACUUUGGUCAGAUUUUAUUUUGCAUACUUGAGAUGCUUUUUUAAAAUCAUGUGUAAAUAUAAUCACAUCAUAUCUAGACUGAAUCCAGAUUAAAGGGACACGUUAAUAAGUCAUUAUUUAGUUCUCUUGCUCUGUAACAGAUGGCGCCUCAGACAGCCCUGCCAGCCCUCGUGUCUGAUGCUCCAGGACAUGAUUUGUCCCGUUACUAAAGCCAAAAGUCAGAACAAGCCCUCAAAAGCAUUUCCAUUCUGAUCAAAAGUGUCCCGAGCACCCUCUUCCAUCGGGACCCACAGGCCUCUGUCUCAGCCUCUUCAGCACCCACAGGGGAGCCUGCUUGUUAACAUGGAUUAUACUGUGCUAUCCAACCGUAUCUGCGGGGUGACGGCAGCAGCGACACUAUUGCAGAAUUCAAGAUGUGCCGUCCUGCACAGAGGGCUGCAAAAAAAAAAACAUUUGACUGCUGCCUUUUCCCGUACUCAAGUAGAAUCCUAAUGUUGCGAUGCUCUCAGGUGCUGUGAGAAAAGCCCAUCCAGUGCCGGGGUGUCAUGCUAAGCUCCUGAGUUCUGCGGCGUGUGCUCUGCACACCAAUUACCGGCCCCUCGGGUAGAAAGGUUGGAUUUUAAAAGCUUCAGAGGACAACCUGGCUGCAAAUGAGCUGUCUUAAAAACACAUGCUUAAGGCAGCGUUAUGAUUUUCAAUGACCUUGGAAACCUUUGGAGACUAACAAUGAUACUGGGGUGCUCGGAGCUAAAGGGGGGUCACGGGCAUUUUAACACCUUAGUACCUCUUCGUGCUAAGCAAAGCUUCAGACACAUAUUUUAGGAAAUUUUACAUUUCGUAAAAUGUUGGACUAUUGGUGUAAGCUUCAGCCCCUCGAUACACAACGGUGAGAUGUCUGAGGAACUAAACUAAAAGUGUUUACGACAGUUUUACAGCUGUUUAUUCUCAAACACAUAAACCCUAAUACCCAAUUUCCUGAUUUCUAAUGUCCCAGUCAUAUGUGUGUGUAACUCUCCUACACAUCCCUGUGUGUGUGUGUGUGUGUGUGUGUGUGUGUGUGUGUGUGUGUGUGUGUGUGUGUGUGUGUGUGUGUGUGUGUGUGUGUAGCUCUGUGAAUAGAGCAGAAGUAUAAUCUCCUCAGCAGCUGACUCAUUGUGACACAUAUAUUACCUGCUGUAAAUAAGCACAGUGUGUGUGAAGCUGCCCGGGUCACAGAUGUGUGUGUGUGUAUGUGUGUGUGUGUGUGUGUGUGUGUUCAUGACAGCAGACUGUAAAGUAAAUGUGGAGCUUUCAGAGCGAGCCUGCGAGAUGCUAUCAUGUUUUAGAGAUAAGAAUUCAUGAAUGAGCUCUCUCUGAUUUAUAACAUUUCACAAAGUAAAACUUUUACUAAAUCUUUUUCUUGAGCUUUGAGAUGUGUGUGUUGUGAGUCCACACUGACACCUGGUGGCAUUGUGUGUGUCAGCAUUUUAUCUUUUUAAAAAUGUUGUUUUUUGAUAAAUGUGUUGUGUAUAUGAUAGAAGUGUAACAUGAGGUCGAGGCUGCAGCAGUUUAAUAAUGUGUAAAUAUCCUUUAAUGGAAUGAUAAAUCACUGUAUGCUCUAGAAACAGAGCUGAUGUCAUUUAAAGCUCGUUACAACCGUUCCACUGAUCACAAUUAAACACCGCUGGUACAUGUAAAAGUCUAACUUAAGUGAUUUUAGUGAGUUUAGUUUCAUGACCCUUACACUUGUACUAACUUUGUUAUUUAUCAGACAAUUAAAGGUUGUUUUGAA